UGCACCGUAGAGUCUGACACCUCAGUUCAGAGGGAGCAGACCGAGAAGCGGCUGUGGGAGAGAUUAGCGCUGGAGGCAGCGCCGGCACCGAAGCUUGGAAGCGGUGUGUGGUCCGGGGGAGAGGAUGAGGAGAUGUCUGUGUACAUUCUGGUGGCCAUGCUGGCUGGCCUUGUCACUGGUCGGUACUCAUGUGAUGAGCCAUCCCUUCAUGAGAAGAAGUUAAACAUUCUGAAUCUACUGGCCUGCUGGAAAGAUGACUAUGAUUGUUUCGGUCAAUCAAACAACAUUGUGGACAAUAGUGACAAAUACAGGAGCUGUAAAGAAAUUAAGCGGUCUCGCUCUGGUGCUAGAGAUGGAAUCUACACUCUUACCAGCACCGAUGGGGUGUCUUAUCAAACCUUCUGUGACAUGACCACCAAUGGAGGAGGUUGGACUUUGGUAGCCAGCGUCCAUGAAAACAAUAUGCUUGGGAAAUGCACUAUUGGAGAUCGCUGGUCCAGCCAACAGGGGAAUAAUAAAAAUAACCCGGAAGGAGAUGGCAAUUGGGCAAACUAUGCCACAUUUGGGCUUCCGGAUGGAGCCACCAGUGACGACUACAAGAAUCCUGGCUACUAUGAUAUAUCUGCUAAGGAUGUGGGGAUAUGGCAUGUACCGAACAAGACACCAAUAUCCAAAUGGAGGGCUUCCGCCUUCCUACGAUAUCGCACAGAUAACGGCUUUUUGACUGCUGAGGGUGGAAAUCUCUUUAACCUGUACACGAAAUACCCAGUUAUAUACAAUACUGGCAGCUGCCCAAAAGAUAAUGGACCUGCACCACCUGUUGUGUAUGAUUUUGGAGAUGCAGAAAAGACAGCAAAUUAUUACUCACCAAGCGGAAGAAAAGAAUUCACUGCUGGUUUUGUCCAAUUCCGUGUGUUUAACAAUGAAAAAGCAGCACUGGCAUUAUGUCCCGGAGUGAAAGUGACCGAUGGCUGUAAUUCAGAAGUUCACUGCAUUGGAGGAGGUGGAUACAUUUCUGAGGGGAACCCCAGACAGUGUGGAGACUUUGCAGCGUUUGACUGGGAUGGAGUUGGUACACACAUUGGAGGGAGUUCUAGCAAGACUAUUACUGAGGCUGCUGUACUUAUCUUCUACCACUGAUCUAUCUGCCAUUUUAGAUACUUCUGCUCUAGCUGGGACUUGCUGAGCUCAACAGACUGGCCAUCCAGCUCAGAGUUCUGCUACUUGUCUUCCCAGGAGAUGAGACAUCAACAUCUCUCCCCCAAUGAGUUUCACUAGUAACAUUACAAAUAUGAAACAAGCAUAUUAAUAAUAUAAAGUGGGAAAGGAAAAAAUUGUAAUAAUAAUAAUAAUAAUAAUAAUAAUAAUUUUAUUUAUAUAGCGCUCUUUCUCCAAUAGGACUCAAGGCGCUUAACAGAUACAUAGCAUAAUAUAAUCCAGUGGGAAAGGGGAGUCCUCCAGGAGAACAUUUGUGCACAUAAAUUGAUACAUCUCACAUUGUAAUAGGUAGGUCUAGUUUCAUAGCAGACAGUAAUUUGAAAACACUGCUUGAUCCGUGAUUUGACUGAUUGUGACAAGGCAUCAAUAAAACUUUCACAUGUUUCAAGAAAA